GCGCAGCGGCAGAGAAACCACGCCAAUCCAUGCCGCCGCCCAACAUCUGCUGGAGAUCUUCAGACGAAGCCCGUUGCAUCCUGGGCUCGCUUCUCCAUGGCGCCAAGCACAAUCCGACUGGGUACGGCCUCCCCCGGAACCCAAACUACCAAAGCUGAGACUCUCGUCCAGCUCGAGCGGUUGGCCCGACGCGCCGCGGCAAAGAAAAUCGACAUUCUCCUGCUCCCUGAGGCCUACCUGGGAGGGUAUCCUCGCGGGACGCACUUUGGUUGUGUCGUCGGCUCGCGCUCUCCGGAGGGGCGCGAAGAGUACCUGCGCUACUUCCACGGCGCUGUAGAUCUGGGCGACACCGUAGGCGAUGGCGCCGGUGCGGGUGAGGCCUGGGUGAACAGACGGCUACCGAACGACGUGGCGCCUGCGUCCGAGGAUGGGAAACCGGGCCGCGAAGGCAUCACACGGGGCGACGGCACACGCGAGGAGCUGGAGCGCAUUGCUCGCGAGACCGGCGUAUUUCUGGUCACGGGGGUGAUCGAGAAGGCCGGCGGCAGCCUGUACUGCGCCGUCGUCUAUGUCUGCCCCAGGCUGGGUAUAAUCGGCAAGCGGCGGAAGGUUAUGCCCACCGGAGCAGAGCGGCUCGUCUGGGCCCAAGGCUCGCCCGCCACGCUCCGAGCCGUCAGCACCACCAUCCGCGGCGUGCGCAUCAACCUGGCGGCAGCCAUAUGCUGGGAAAACUACAUGCCACUGGUUCGCCAGGCCCUCUACGCGCAGAACAUCAACCUUUACCUUGCCCCAACCGCCGACGGCCGCGAUGCUUGGCUUUCCCUCCUCCGCACCACGGCCAUUGAAGGGCGCUGUUUUGUGGUCAGCUCGAACAUGUGCGUGCGCAAUGCAACACCCUCCCAGGCACCGCCGGUAGCCUCGGUAGCCAGCAACACCUCUGCUAUUCCGAACGGAGACGACGCCGACGGCGCCAGCCCCGACCCGGACCCCUUCUCCGCCAGGCCCGCGACAAGACCAGCCAGCCACCCCCGUCGCGCCUCCUGCCUCACAGAAGAAGGCUUCGAGAUCGCGCUCCCCAGCUCCCCGCCGCAGGCGCCGCCGCGAAGGCGUCACUCCAUCAUGGACGAGAACGGCAACGAGAUCGCGCUCCCCUGCCCGCCGCCGGCCCGCACAUCCUCCCGCAGCCGAGAGACGGCGCGGCCGAGGCGCCACUCCGUCUACGAUGAAGACGGCAACGAGAUCGUGCUCUGCGCGGCCAAGCACGCGCCCUCGGCCACCUCACCAGCAUCAGCACCCCCGGCCUCGGUGGCUAGCACCACGGUUCCACCCGCACCAGCGCAGACGAAGCACCAGCCCGCGUUCGCCUCGCGCGGCGGCUCCGCCAUCGUCUCGCCCUUCGGCGACGUGCUCGCCGGCCCGCAGUGGGAGGACGACGAGGGCAUCAUCUACGCGGACGUCGACUUCGAAGACUGCAUCCGCGGCCGGCUGGACCUGGACGUGGCGGGGAGCUACUCGCGCAACGACUCGUUCCGGUUCGAGGUCCGCGGGCUGGAUCUGACGCCGCUGCCUUACUGAGCAGGAGACCGAUCCUAUAAUGAGGGUUGUAUAUUGAUUGAUAUGGGGAUGGGAAAGGUGGGUGUACAAGAUUGUCCAUUCGGCUCUCAGGCGAGGGUGAGAGGCCGGAGUUAUUGCUCAUUGUGUAGGUCAAGGGACGGGGUGCCAGGUUGAACAGCCGUUACUGCUUUCAGGCUGGUGUU